UCCUUGCAGAUAAUCCAACAAAAACCAAAGAAUAUCUUCUCUAGAUUUCUCCUGUGAUCUCUCUCUUUUUGAGCUCGAGCUCGUUCUCAGUUUCACAUGGGCAAUGCAGUGUCGCCGUGUUUCCAGCAAAGCUCGAAUUCGGCGGUGAAGUUGAUCUUCUGGGAAGGAAACACAAGGAUUCUCCGAGGAGGAAGACACCUCGCCGGAGAAAUCAUGUUCGAGUUUCCGGACCAGAUGGUUUGCCAUGCAGAUUCCUUCUUCAUAGGCCAUCCUAUACCUGCUCUCGCCAUCGACGACGAGCUUGCAAGAGGACAAACCUAUUUUGUUCUCCCCAUUGACCGUUUCGCUUGCCGUGUCCUCUCUGCUUCUUCUCUCUCGGCUUUGAGCUCCAGUAGUCCCAACAACAAGGCUCCGAUAAACUUCGGUAACUGCCCUUUCGAGUACUUGAAAGGUUCCAAUGGAAGGGUUUUGAUAAAAGUCAUGCCUGAGUUCAUAACCAGACUUAUCACAAGAGGUAAUAACGUUAAUGAUCAAAUUGGGUCGAAUAGUAAUAGUCCAAGCAAUAAUAAGUUCCUUUGUAGCACGCCUGAGCUGCAAAAGCAUUAUGAACAGCUUGUUGGUUCUAAAGAGCAGUUGUGGUCGCCUAAGCUUGAAACCAUAUCCGAGCAUAAGAUUAGGUUUUCACCUUGCAGAUUCAUAGGUUUGGAGUGGAAACAAAAAGAGAAGGAUGUAUGAUUGUUGUUAUUUUUAGCGUAUAUAUUCUUUGUUGAGGACUUUAGUACUUCAAUCUUUUUUUCUUUUUCUUCUUCUUUUUUUUCUUUUUUUAAUGUUUUUCUAGUCUCUGAUGAUCAUGUUCAAAUUUGGUUCAUGAUCAUCAUCAAAAGUUGUACAAAACCAAAAUUAAAAUAUGUUUAAUUAAUUGCUGUUUCGUAGAAACAUU